UGCUGUUUUAGUAAAGAUGAGAGACGUCUUUGUACCGGAUCCUGGGAUAAACAAUUACAAAUGUGGGAUAUAUCAACUGGCAUGUUCAGAUCUGAAGGACCAGUUACCUUAAACAAAGGACAUGAAGGAUCAAUUAGUUCAUGUCAGUUCAGUCAAGAUGGUUCAUUAUUAGUAUCUGGUUCAUAUGAUCAGACAGCUGCCGUGUGGGAUGCAGACUCUUGUAUCUUGAAACUGUCAUUAAAAGGUCACAUGGAUUGGGUAUGUGGUGUUGAUAUUAGUGCAGAUAUGAAGUGGAUCCUCUCUGGAUCUCGGGAUAAAACAGUCAGACUGUGGAACAUUGAAGACAGUGAUAAUAUACCUUUAGUUAUGGAGAACAAACGCAGCAUGGGGCUGAAAAUUGUCAAGUGUGGUACCUGUGGGAAACCAUUCUCGAUAUCACAGUUGGAAGAUCCUAGCGAGUUUAAGGUGUGUGUAUUCUGCAGACUUCAUAAAGGUCGCCCUCUAAGUCACAUGACUUCUAUAGCUACUGAUGAAGAUGUUCCAGAAAUGUAAGUGAAUUGGUGAACUAGAAUUUACCAUGCAUAACUUGAUCUUCUCAUAUUGUAUAUUUUGCUGUAAUAAAUUGAAAUGAAUUGGUAUUGGUAUGGAUUCUCUCCACAAAGCUGCUCACAAUGCCGC